AUGACGGACGCUACGGUCGCGGCGGGAGUGACGGCGAUCGUCGACCCGCUGCUUCGCGCCAUCGCUCUCGCCCCCGUCGACCCCGCGCACUACUCGCUACUGCAGCUCGCCACCCGCGCGAUUUCCGCUGCUGCAGCCCGUCGCCCACCGCCAUUCUGCCCCAGAUCCCGCCUCCCCCCCACCGACAACUGCCACCCCACCCCCAUCUCCGACUCCGUUUCCAGCGGGAAGGGGAGGAGGUGUGGUGUCGGCCCGAAGGGGACGGCUGGGGGAGGGGGAGUGGCGGGGUUGGCAGCUCAUUGCUACUCAUGCUUCUUGUGCUUCUGCCCGUGCUGCCCCGUGUUCCCCGUGCUUGCCCCGUGCCCAUGCCCGUGCUGUCCGCUCGUGUUCCACGUGCCCGUGCUGUCCGUACCUGGUUGUGCCCCACCAGUCUCACCCGAGCUGUCCGUACCCGGUUGUGCCCCACCCGUUUCACCCGUGCGUCCCGUGCUCCUGUGCUGCCCCCGUGCUCCCGUGCUGCCCACGUGUUCCUGUGCUGCCCCCGUGUUCCCAUGCUGCCCCCGUGCUGCCCCAAUGCUGCCCCUGUGCUCCCGUGCUGCCCCCGUGUUCCCAUGCUGCCCCCGUGCUCCCGUGCUACCCCGCUCUCCCCGUGCUGCCCCGUUCUGCCUCCCGUGUCCUGCCCCGUUCAGCCCGUGUCCUGCCCCAUUCUGCCCGUGUUGCCCCGUUCAGCCCGUGUCCUGCCCCGUUCUGCCCGUGUUGCCCCGUUCUGCCCAUGCUGCCCCGUUCUGCCCGUUUGUGCCCUACCCGUGCUGUCCGUACCCGUUCGUGCCCCACCUGUGCUGUCAGUUCUCGCUCGUGCCCCACCCGGUCUGUGCUGCCCGGUCUCGUGCUGCCCGUCACCUCCGUGCGGCCCGUCCCGUACAGCACCUAGUUGAUACCCGAACCCGCUACCCGUACCCGUGCUCCUCGCACACCGUGCACGUGCUGCUAGGCGUUCAACCGCAACUGGGCACCUGUUCCACCGCGGUGGUUCAGAUGCUGCUUGGUGGUUGCUGCUUGUCAGCUUCAGAGGGGGCCCCUUGCUGGUGUUCCCACGCCCUGUAA